AUCGAAGUCCAGCGCCCCAGACGCGGCUGCACUUUUCAAACCUCAACUGUAAGAAGCGUCGGUCAGCGUUUGUGCGGUCGCCGCCGGGAGUCGCCUCUCCGGGGCCUGGCUGACGGCGACCGGCCGCUGCGGGAAAGAGUGCGAGACAAUAAAAUGUGACCAGUGAAACUGAAUGUCUUCAGAACUAAAAAGGUAAAGUAAGUGCCCAGAGAAGCAGACCUGGCAGUCAUCUAACAUGUCUCGGAGAAGGUUUGAUUGUCGAAGUAGCUCAGGCUUGCUAACUACAACUCCUCAAACGCCGAUGAAGAUGGAAAAUUUUAAUAAUUUCUAUACACUUACGUCGAAAGAACUUGGGCGAGGAAAGUUUGCUGUGGUUAGACAAUGUAUAUCAAAAUCUACUGGCCAAGAGUAUGCUGCAAAGUUUCUGAAAAAGAGGAGAAGAGGCCAGGACUGCCGGGCAGAGAUUCUGCAUGAGAUAGCUGUGUUGGAGCUGGCCAGGGCCUGUCCCCACGUGAUUAAUCUUCAUGAGGUCUACGAAAAUGCAACUGAAAUCGUUCUGGUGUUAGAAUAUGCUGCAGGUGGAGAAAUUUUCAACCUGUGUUUACCUGAGUUGGCUGAAAUGGUAUCUGAAAAUGAUGUUAUCAGACUCAUUAAACAAAUACUUGAAGGAGUUUAUUAUCUACAUCAGAAUAACAUUGUUCACCUUGAUUUAAAGCCACAGAAUAUACUAUUGAGCAGUAUAUACCCACUUGGGGACAUAAAAAUUGUAGAUUUUGGAAUGUCUCGAAAAAUUGGGAAUGCUUGUGAACUUCGGGAAAUCAUGGGAACACCUGAAUACUUAGCUCCAGAAAUCCUCAACUAUGAUCCCAUUACCACAGCAACAGAUAUGUGGAAUAUUGGCAUAAUAGCAUAUAUGUUGUUAACUCAUACAUCACCAUUUGUAGGAGAAGAUAAUCAAGAAACAUACCUGAAUAUUUCUCAAGUUAAUGUAGAUUAUUCAGAAGAGACUUUCUCAUCAGUUUCACAACUGGCCACAGACUUCAUCCAGAGCCUUCUAGUAAAGAAUCCAGAGAAAAGACCAACAGCGGAGUCCUGCCUUUCUCAUUCUUGGCUGCAGCAGUGGGACUUUGGAAGCUUGUUUCACCCUGAGGAAACGUCAGAUUCCUCUCAAAUCCAGGAUCAUACCCUCAGGUCCUCUGAAGAGAAGACCCCAAAGUCCUCCUGUAAUGGAAGCUGUGGAGACCGGGAGGACAAGGAGAAUAUCCCUGAGGAUAGCAGCAUGAUCUCUAAAAGAUUUCGUUUUGAUGACUCCUUGCCCAGCCCCCACGAACUUGUUCCAGAUUUGCUGUGUUAGCACUUUUCUCUGUGACUCAUCUGGACUGACUUGGAAAGUUAAAAUCUUCUCUGGUGUGAGAUUGUGUUUUUAGCUUCAUAUAUGAUAUGUUUAUAUUAUAAAUGCACUUUUGCUUAGAACAACUUAGGGAACAGUUUAAAUGCUAGGUUUCUUUUUGCUAGCAUAUCAUUUCCUGUCCUGAAAUUGUUUUACAGAGAAAAAUAUUUAAAUAUAUGACAAAAAUGUAAAUUGUGCAUGUGAGUUUACAUGCAACUAAAGAAUUCAAGUUCAGUUGAACUUUUAAAAUAUUUUACAUAUCAAGAAAAAUGGGUUAUAUUAUGGCUAGAGAAGAUGGAACAAAAUGAAAAUAUUGGAAUAUGUAGGUUCUCUCUAAGGCGAGCCCUAUGCAUGACUAUUGACAGAAUUUGUUUGAGGAAACAGUGUCAAGUAUAAACCACAAUAUGUAACGAGACAUUAUUCAUUAUUAAUACUCCAGAGACAUUUGCAGUUGAAAAUGCUUCACAGUUACCACGAACUGAAAACUGUAAAACUUCCUUUGUGUGCAGUGUACUCUGUGAGAGGGCCUGUCAGGCAAAGCAGAGGGGAGGCAAGGCCGAUCCAGGCUGCUUCUCUGUAAGCUGAGUCAAAGUAUAGAUCGUUUUCCAACUCAGAUGUGCUUGCACACUCAUACAUCAGACCUAAAGAUGGAUAUUUGUGGUAUGUAAAUUAAAGAGCCCUCCUCAUCCUUUGGAAAUAUCAGAGGGGAGGAGAAUGGGUAAAACCAAAUGUGCUCUAACUCAAUCAGUUAGACAUAUUCAUGAAGGGAAUGUUAAGUCUGGGCAGCUUACUUAGUGUUGGGCAUCUCCUAAGUCCAAGAACACAAGCCCAUCAAUUAGUCACCCACAAAAGUACCAGAACAUUGGUAGAAGGUAGAACUGUUAACACCAGAGUCCUUAGUAGGUAGCAUAAGACAUUAUGCAUUGCUUGGAGUUGUUAUGUGAAUUUCCUGGUGAGUGAGGAGGCUUGACAAGCAGCUGUCUUCAGGGUCCGUGUGUGUGUGUGUGUGUGUGUGUGUGUGUGUGUGUGUGUGUGUGUGUGUGUGUGUGUGUGUGUGUGUUCUGCUGGAAACAACACAAAUGAGUCUGUCAUCGAGUCUGUGGUCAAUAACUAUGUUCAGUCCUGAUGGGAGGGGCUUGAGGAAUGCUCUGGUGAUUUCCCAUUUGUGUCCAUAAAAGGUCUAUAGUAAUGUCGUAUUAAGAUAACUGGUCAAAUGAAUAUGCUACUAUAUUAAACUCCAUUGCCAAAAAAAAAAAACCUGUGUAUUUCCACAUUGAAGUGGGUUCAGUCUAACAACCUGUAAAUUCUUGAAAUUGUUAAUAAAUCCUGAAUUCUUUAGAUGACUUUAAACUAUUUUAAAUGGGCAUUGGGUGUUUGACUAAAUAUCAAGUCCAUUUUAUCUUUGUCAUCUUUUAAGGAGAAGCCGUCCUUUGUAUAUGUGUGUGCAUAUGUGUAUGUGUACAGGUGUAUGUAUAUGCAUAGAAAGAUAAAACAGCCUUUAAACAA